AUGGACCGUCGGUCCAAACUCAAAGACGGUGAAAAAGGCGAGUCCGUCGCCUCUGCUGCUGAUGUAGUAAAUGCUCUCCGCCUACGAGAUUUCAUACAUGAUGCUGUUGCUGUUGCUGCUGCUGCCACUAACACCAUAGAUCAGCCGCUAUAUCUAAAGAAAGGGGGAAAAGGAACUGCGAGAAGAAGAACCUUGAACCAUUUCUUUUCCUGUCCAGCCGACCCUGCUUCUGGUUACGAUGCUGACGCCGUUUCCGUUGUCCUAGACUGA